UCACUUCAUAGUAGUAGAUGUGAGCAUUAGUGUAUUGUUUGGCAUGAACUAUAGUAGAGGAUCGAGUUACCAAAUUGUGACCAAAUUAGCACUCAGAACCUGAAACUGUGGGUUAGGUUACACCUCGCCUCCCUUUUAUGCUCACUUAGGCUGAGAUGGAGAUAGCCAUAGAUGAGUUAGCACUAGGGAUGGGUGAUGUGAUGAUAGAAGUAUCGAAUAAGAUAAAUUACAUUACAAUACACGUGGACAGUUAAAACAAGCAUUUCAUUACCUUCUCCUUCACAUCAUAUAUCAUGAAAAUGUCAAUAAAUAUCUAAAUUGAGGUCUCAGGAGCGACAUUUUGCGUCUGACUUGACACUUAUAAUCAAGGAAACAUAACUGACAGGGAAUUUAUUCAGAUUUAUUUCAUUUACACUCUUAAGCUCUCCAACAGAGCAAAAGUCUGAAGUAAUGUUUGUUGGUACUAUAUGAGUUGUGGUACAGUAUAGUACAGAAUAACGCACUAUGUUGUUUAACCCCACUGUGUAUUUCUCAGGUCAGGAGACCAUGCAGGGCCGGAUAAUAGGCGGCUACGCCCCUGCGCCCUACUCCAUCAAGUACAUAGUGUCCAUCCAGACCAUCGUUGGACAGCACUUCUGCGGCGGCACUUUGAUUAACAAGUACUGGGUGCUCACAGCAGCACACUGCAAUGUAGGGGCUGGGAAUAUGAGGAUCGUCACUGGAGAUUAUUCUGUAAGUGUGUAUGAAGGGACAGAACAGUACCGAUCGCCACAGCUCCUAGUACCUCACCCACAGUACAACAAAACCACCAACAACGCAGACAUCAUGCUCAUCAAGAUGCAGACUCCAGUGGUUGUGAAUAACUUUGUGUCCCCUGCACCGCUGCCCCGUCAAGGUGACAACAUUGCAGAGGGUCGCGUGUGUCGUGUAUCUGGCUGGGGAUUCACUAGCCCCACAGGGGGUAUCCCUACAUCUCUUCACACCGCCACAGUGCCCAUUGUCUCCAGCGCCCACUGCAACAGCACGGACUCCUACGAUGGCAACAUCACGGAAAACAUGAUCUGUGCUGGCUAUGCUGAUGGAGGAACGGAUGCUUGCAGUGGUGACUCUGGCGGGCCACUGGUGUGUGAAGGUCUUGUCUACGGGAUCGUGUCUUGGGGCAACGGUUGUGCAGAUCCUCGGUAUCCUGGAGUUUACACUGCUGUGUCAAGGUUUCGCAAGUGGAUAGACAACACUGUAUUUGGCUUUUAUGGGAACUGCGGCAAGAGCUAGACUGCGCUACCUCAACACAUCUUCAACCAUUAACUUGAAACCACUAAGAGAUCAACAUGCCAAAUUCCAUGUUGAUAGAGUAUAUCUUCUAUAUCUU